AUGAGCACCUCCAGCGCAGCGGCCUCGAUCUGCGCCGACGGCGCCCCUGGGGAGGCCUCCAUCGCGGAGGAGCCCGCCGGGCAUUCUCGAAUGCGCAAGUCCAGCUCCUCGCCGGUUCUCAGCACGCUGGGGAUCCCGGAAGGGAGGCUGGAGGCGGGCGGCGCCGAGGGCGACAGCGGCCUCAACGUGUACGUGGUGGCCAGGGCGAUCGAGCGCGGUGGGCCGCAGAUGCUGCACUCGCUGUCCAAGGACGCCAAGAACGCGAUGGUGCCCCUGGGCGUGUGCCACUACAUGACGGUGUUCGAGACGAGCGACGGGAGGCUGGUCCAGUUCGACUUCGGGCCUGCGGGGGGGGACGUGCACAAGGGGGUGCCGGUCUCCUGGGUGGCGGGCGCGGAGCGGGGCGAGGAGGGGAAGGCCGGGUUGGGCGGCAGGCACGGGGUCGAAGGCGAAAUCAGGGAGCACCAGCUUGCAGCUUUGCCAGAGGAGCAUCUCUUCAUAGGGCACACACCACUGCGGCUAAGUGACAUCCGGAGCUACAACGCAGUACAGCCUCUCCAUUACGAGCUCCAUAGCAAUGACUGCAGGCACUACGUGAACAGCCUGGUGCACUUCACGACGGGCGUGGACGGCGCCUCCGUGCAGCUCGUGCGCGAGACCUACCGCCGCCGCCACGCCCGGCCCCCGGCGCUCAGCGCCAGGGCCGUCCAGUUCGCGCAGUACUUCACGGACGUCGCGAACUGGGGCCGCGUCAAGGCGGCGAGCGGCACGACGCUGGCCACCCUGCUGGCCGCCUGGUCCGGCCGGGGCCUUGUCGGCCGCAUGGCCUCGAACACUCUCACUCCCGCCCUGAGGGCAGUCUCCGUCUCCAAGUCUCUGACCACCGUCAUCACGAAGAACCCCGUGGCGGGCGCCGCGGCCGCAGUGGCCGCGACCACGCCCACGUGGGCCGACGCCCCCCUCAUCAGGGAGACCGUCAGCCUGGGCUCGGCCAUGAACAGGGGCCUGAUGAGCGCCGCGGGAUCGGCGGCGGGGUGGCUGGACUGGCUACGCGCGCAGGGCGCGCUGGUGGACCUGGCGUCGGCGUCGUCGAGGGGAAGCAGGGGGGGCGGGGCCCUGGGGCCCGGCGUGGUGUCGAGCACGGCCGCCGUGGCGGUAGCGGUCACGCGCGGGGCGGCGGGCCUGCUGAUGAGGGGCAGGUCGGAGCGGCAUGGCAAGAGGAAGGCCCGGCGGCGGGCUGUGGCUGUGGCGGGGGUGGGCCGGGGGCUGCAGCUGGGCAGGCCGCCCAGGCUGGCGCGACCCGCGCUCCAGUCGAACGAAUGA